UGCCAAUAAAAGAAAGAAGAAGAAGAAGAGAAGUAACCGGUAGCAUCCAUAUUCGUAAAGUAGUUUACUGUUUCUAAUUUUUUUUAAAUAUACUUAAGACAUUUUUCAUCUUUUCAGCGUGAUAAAUUGUAACCGACGCCCAAGGCUUCUGAAUUGGAACACAAGACGGCAAACAAACCACCAUGCCAACAUGUCAUAUCAAGACAUCUAGAAUCUAUCGCAAGAUAGCAUACGUUAGCUUUCGUUAAAAGAUAAAGUUAGCGUCGUCUGAUUUGCUAGUGCUAUAGCAACAUUGCAACAUCGCAACAUCAACUGUAAACUAACCCCUUUCUGUGAAGGCACGGAGAAUAAAAACAUCACAUCGCCAGAGCUGUAAUCUCGUGUUUUCCCAAUUAUGUACCACAUCAGUUCUCAGAAAAAGUAUUGGCUAUUCGAAAAUGAGGCCAGCCUGGAGAAACAAAGAUAUGAAGCUAAUCAGAAGUUCCGCUCAAAGACAUUGGCAAGUGGAAAGGCAGUCAACGAGUCUUUAUUUCUUGACCACCAUGAGGAGAUGGUGAUCUUCAGACACUAUGAGAAGAGGCUAGUGGACUUCAGUGUCAUUUUCAAACCUGCAAUGCCAAAAUCCGUCGUGGGCACAGCAAUCAUGUAUUUUCGGAGGUUUUAUUUGAACAAUUCACUAAUGGAGUAUCAUCCUAGGACAAUAAUGUUGACGUGUGCAUACCUUUCCUGCAAGGUGGACGAGUUCAAUGUGUCCAGCACACAGUUUGUAGGCAAUCUUCAGGAGACACCUGCAGGACAAGAGAAGGCCUUGGAGCAGAUCUUAGAGUAUGAGCUCCUCCUCAUCCAACAGCUCAACUUCCACCUGGUGGUUCAUACCCCUUAUCGACCAAUGGAGGGCUUACUCAUCGACCUGAAGACUAGGUAUCCAAUGCUGGAGAAUCCUGAGGUGCUGAGGAAGGCUGCGGAUGACUUCCUCAACCGGGCUACCGUGACUGAUGCCGGACUCUUGGCCUCACCCUCCCAAAUUGCCCUGACCGCUGUGCUUAACAGUGCUUCUCGGGCCGGGCUCAACAUGGAGAGCUAUUUGACAGAAUGCAUGGGAUUUAAGGAUAAGGAAAGUAUGUCAAAACUAAUGGACACCAUGAGAAAAAUUAAACAACUCACCAAAAAAUAUGAGCUGCCAAAACCUGAAGAGGUCAACAUGUGUAAACAGAAGCUGGAAAGGAUCCACGCAGAAUUCUCAUCCACUAACCUGAAAAGGAAACGAGGACAUGAAGAGGAACAUGAGGUCCCCAAAAAGCCACUUCUCACUGAGGACGAGGUCUGGACCGAUGAGGAUCUGGACUCCCUGUGAAGACCACCAGUCACCAUGUCAGCAGGUUGGCUCUGCUGGUGAUGACGCAUGGAUGGACAAGUUCUUUCAGAGCAGUAUUCUAACGCUCAGUUUGAUCCAUAUUUACAGAUGUGCUUUCCUGUGAAUGCAUCGUCAUGAGUCUUGUAGACUUUUUUGUUUUGUGUUUUUUUUUUUUUACUAAGAAUUAAAUAUUUUCUCUUAAAAUA